AUGGUCCACUCGGGGGAGUCAUCCAGCCAGUCGGGGGAGUCAUCCAGCCAGUCGGGGGAGUCAUUCAGCAAGUCAGGAGAGUCAUCCAGCCAGCCACGACUUCAUCGACGAGGAAUUCGUUUACGGCAAAGAGAUAGAAAAAAUAAAAAAAAAAAAGAAGCAAUUCUAGACUGCCUCAAAACUGUGAUCGACCCGGACUUAAAAAAAAAUAUAGUCGAAUUAAAUUUUGUAAGAAACUUAAAAAUUAAAGAAACGGACACUGGAAAGUAUGCUGUCGAUUUUGAUCUGAACCUCACGACCCCUGCCUGUCCGGUGAAGGACGAACUGUUGGCCGAAUGCCAGCAGAAAUUGGCUUCCCACGAAUGGAUUGAACAAACGAAUAUUAACACCACCUUUUUAAGUUUUAAUGAAUAUGGUGAGGAACAAACAAGGGAGAAAAAAAAUAAAAAAAUCGAAAAUGUGAUAGUUGUGUAUAGCUGCAAAGGUGGAGUUGGCAAGUCCUUUUUUUCUGUGAACUUUUCUUUUUACUUAAAAAAGAAGGGGGCAUCUGUGGGGCUUCUGGAUGCGGAUAUUAAUGGGCCCAGCCUUCCGACGUUGCUCCCCUUUGGACAUUCCUACGCCAGGUUUAAGAGCGCCCCGCUGAGGGGCACUAAGAUAUUUUACGAAAGGGAGGCGGACAAGAGGGAAGCUUCUGUGGAGUUGACGGAAAAAGGCGCGGUUGACGAACCCAGCGGCUACGAUACAGACCGACGCGCUGCGCACCAAGAUGACCGCCCCCUGGAGGACCGCCUCCCGGAGGACCGCCUUAUCGAGCCACUCCUCCACCGCGGUGUGAAGCUCAUGUCCUACGCAUACAUAAAGAACCAGAAGAACUUAGGAUUCGCGUCCUUCAGGGGACCCAUCCUAAACGAGUUAAUAAAGGAGUUAAUAAACCAAGUGGAUUGGGGAGUCUUGGAUUACCUAAUAAUUGACCUCCCCCCGGGAACAAAUGACAUACAUCUAAAUCUCUUCGAGUCGGAAAACAUCGAUGGAGUCAUCAUGAUAACGACUCCAAACGAUCUCUCCAUAAAUGACGUAAAGAAAGGAAUAAACAUGUGCAACCAUUUCAACGUCCCAAUUGUAGGCCUUGUAAUAAAUAUGAACUCCUUUAUCUGUGAUGCCUGUGAAAAGAACCACCUCCUUUUUAACAACUGCGAUAUGAAGCAACUUAAAGAGUCUUUUAAUAACGUAUACGAAGUCCCCUUUCAUUCUCUAUUCUCCAAAAAUGUGUAUCUUGAUGACCAGACAGGAGAAAGGAAUUUCCCCUUUAUCACAUCAUUUGAGGAUCAUCACCUGGUACAUCUGUUGGAGAAUGUCUUUCAAAGUUUAACUCGAGAAAUAUCCAUGAUCAAAUUUCAGGACAAAUUAAAUUUACCGUCUGUUCAGAUUUAUAAAAAAAAUUUUUUGCAAUUAUCCUUCGACUCGAUUGACAAUAAAUUUGUUUUUUCGGAUGACGUGUUAGUUUGCCACGUGAAGGAUAUUCGUCUGUUUGGGAAAAAAGAAAAAAAAAAAAAAAAAAAAAUACAGGAUGGGAAUUUAUAUGUAAAGGAAAUUGUCAAGUUAGGCAUUUAUAACGUUAAGAUUGUCUGGUCUGAUAUGCACGUCUCGGUUUAUUCCUACUCCUACUUGAAGCAUAUUUUUCUGAGUUUGCGUCUGCCUGGGGGAAACGCUUUGUGCGGGGCGGGUCGCAGCGCCUCCUUCGAGUGGUAA